AAUACGUUUCUGAAACUUAAAAAUUUGUUGUUGUAUCUAUUAACUAAUAAUAAAAUAUGGAAAAGAUCCGCAUUUGUGUUCUUGGCUCCGGGAAUUUGGGCAUAACUUUGGCUAAAAUAUUGGCCCUAAAUGCUGCCAUUUUGCCUGAUGUCGAAAAUCUUGUCCAAAUGUUUGUUCAGGAUGAGCUCUUUGAGGGAAUGCGCCUCAACGCUAUCAUCAAUAGUCAUCAUGUGAAUGCAAAAUAUUUGCCAAUGCUGGACUUACCCGCUAAUUUGGUGGCCAGCACUGAUUUGGUGGCUACAGCAAAAUAUGCUGAUAUCAUAGUUUUUGUAAUGCCUCAACAAUGCGUUCGCGAAACCUGCAACAUUCUAUUGGGUAAAAUUAAACCAAAUGCCAUGGCUAUUUCAGUUGUCAAAGGAUUUAUGUUGACCGAAAAUGGAGAAAUUGAGUUGAUUACUCAGGCAAUUGAGAGGUUCCUAAAGAUUCCGUGUGCUGUUCUAGUGGGUGUUAACUUGGCCAGCGAAGUUACUCUGGACAACUAUUGUGAGGCCACUUUGGGCUAUCGUGAUAUGAAGCACAUGAAAUUGUUCAAGGAUUUAUUUAGCACUCCAAAAUUCCGAGUAACCGUCAUUGAUGAUGCCGAUGGUGUGGAAGUUUGUGGAUAUUUAAAGCACAUCAUUGCCUUCGCCUCGGGUUUGUUGGAUGGUCUGGAGGCGAAUGAAAAUACCAAAUCUGCUUGUCUACAGUUUGGUCUCAUCGAAAUGAUGCGCUUCAUUGACGUCUUUUAUCCGGGAUGUAAAUUAUCAACAUUUUUUGAAAGUUGUGGCAUCGCUGAUGUCAUGAGUGUCAGUUGCCGUAGCCGUAAUCGACGUUUGGGUGAACUUGUGGUUAAAACUGGGCAUACAGUUGAAUAUUUGGAGAGUAAGUUGAUGGGCGGCGAAAAAGUUGUGGGACCGAUAACAAUAAAGGCAGUCAACACCAUGUUGCAGCAAAAGGGACUACAAAAAAAAUUUCCUUUAUUUUCAAUGCUGUAUAAGAUAUGUACAAAUGAAUGCAAGCCCUAUGAUUUGCUGGAAUGUAUAGCUACCAUGCCCAAAACCAUCUAUCACCCCACACAGUGGUUUCCUCUUUAGGAAUUUUCGAGAAAUUGUUAUUAAAUUAACAGCAUUUGGUGUGAAAUAAAUAUUUUCAAAACCCUCUUCAAAUUAA